AUUUUUGCUUGACGACGGCUUUUGAUUGGCUGAUUUUCCUCGGGUCAGUUGACACUGUUUGGGUGUAGAAGCGGAAAAAUGGCAGCUGACCACCGGGAGAUACAGGACUGCAGUGUCCAAAAGCAAGGACCCUUCCAGUUUAUUAAUCUCUGUUAUAAGGACUCUGUCAAACAGUGAUGAUGUGCAGGACCGGGAGACGGAGAAGAGCCGUCUGGAGGGGGCCUAUGAGAAAUGUGACCGAGAUCUGGACCAGCUCAUCGUUCAACACUACACCGAGCUCACCACAGCCAUCCGCACCUACCAGAGCAUCACCGAGAGGAUCACCAGCUCGCGCAACAAGAUUAAACAGGUGAAGGAGAACCUGCUGUCAUGUAAGAUGCUGCUCCACUGUAAGAGGGACGAGUUGAGGAAGCUGUGGAUCGAGGGCAUCGAGCACAAACACGUCCUCGAGCUGCUGGACGAGAUCGAGAACAUCAAGCAGGUUCCUCAGAAACUGGAGGCCUGCAUGGCCAGCAAACACUAUCUGCAUGCCACUGACAUGCUGGUGUCAGCGGUGGAGUCUCUGGAGGGGCCUCUACUGCAGGUGGAGGGUCUGAGUGACCUGCGGCUGGAGCUGCACAGCAAGAAGCUCAACAUUCAUCUGGUGUUGAUCGAUGAGCUGCACCGCCACCUCUACAUCAAGUCCACCAGCCGCGUGGGCCAGCGGGGCAAGGACAAAGGACGACUCGGAGGGUCUGCUCCAAAGGACUCGUCUAUUUUGGAAGUCAGCAGUCUGUCCACUCCACGGAAACUCGCAGAGACGUCCCAGUUCAGCACUCCAGCAGCAUCCAGCAUUCGAGAUUUGCAGGACGAUCUGGAUGCGGACCCAGAAGAGAACAGUGCCGAGUUCAUGGGGAUCCUGAUCAAGGCUCUGGCCAAACUCAAGAAGAUCCCAGAGACCAUUAACGCCAUCAUGGAGCGCCUGGAGCCAGAACUCAAGCAGAUCCUUAAAAGAUCCACCACCCAGAUCGCAGACCACGCCUACCAGAGAGGAGAGAGCCUGGCACAGGACAACCAGCCAAAGCUGCUCCUGGAACUGCUGGAGCUGCUGUUUGACAAGUUUAACGCCGUCGCCACGGCUCACAGCAUCGUUCUGAACCAUCUGCAGCAGAUCGUCGUGUCUCCCAGUGGAGCUCAGGAGGGCAUCAAGCUCUAUGAGCAGGCUGACGUCUCCGCCAAGAUCCAGACCGUCCUACAGGUGCUCCUGAUGGACUAUCUGGAUGUAAAGAACACGCGCAGUGCAGCCGAACCCUCAGCCCAGCUCUCCUACGCGAGCACCGGCGGUGACUUCGGAGCCUUUUUCGCCAAGAAGAAACCACUUCGACCCAAACAGUCUCUCUUCAAAUUUGAGUCGUCCUCCCACGCCAUAAGCAUGAGCGCGUACCUGCGAGAACAGCGGCGAGAACUUUACAGCAAGAGCGGAGAGCUACAAGGAGGAGCUGAUGAUAACCUGAUCGAAGGAGGAGAGACCAAGUUCCUGUGUAAGCCCGGAGCCAGGAACAUCACCGUCAUCUUCCAGCCUUUGCUCAGGUUCAUUCAGGAGAUUGAGUUGAGCAUGGGUCCGGGGAAGCAGUGCCAGCUCCGUACUUUCCUCACCUACUACAUCAAUGAGCUGUUUCUGAACCAAGUGCGCACAGAGACCAAUAAAGAAAUAGAAACUGUCACUAAAGUGGCUGAUCCUCUCAAGAUCCUGGCCAGCGCUGACACCAUGAAGAACCUGGGUGUCCAGAGACCUCUUCUGCAGAGCACUGUGAUUGUAGAGAAGUCCAUCCAGGAUCUGAUGAGUCUCAUGCAGGACCUGAGUGCUUACUCUAACCAGUUCCUGGAGAUGGUCUGUGACAAGCUGAAAGAGUACAAGGAGAUCUGCAACACUGCCUACAGGAGUAUAGUGCAGUGUGAGGAAAAGCUGAUCAUCAGUGCCUCUUGGGCUAAAGACGAGGACAUCAGCCGCCUGCUGCAGUCACUGCCCAACUGGGCCAACAUGACUCAACCCAGACAGCUGCGCCAGAAAAGAGAGGACGAGGAGGACUUUACACGAGCGGCUUUUGCUAAGGAGUCUGAGGUGCUGACAGGGAACCUGGGAGACAAGCUGAUUCCUCAGAACGAGAUUCUUCGGGAUGUCAGUGACCUGAAGGCUCUGGCAAACCUCCAAGAGAGCAUGGAGUGGCUGGCUCUUUGCCUCAAAGGCUUCUUCUUCUGCCCGCUCCAAAGCUCCAGUGCAUCACCAGGCUCGGACACACAGACGAGCAGUGAGAGCGCACGCAAUAGGGAGCACAUCAUGCAGACUCUUUCAGACCUUGCCAGAUCUUUCCAGGACAUCGCUGACCGCUGCCUGCUUGUGCUGCACCUGGAGGUCAGGGUGCACUGCUUCCACUAUCUCAUCCCCCUGGCCAAGCAGGGCAACUACGCCAUCGUGGCCAACGCCGCCAGCAUGGACUACGACCCCCUGGUGGUCAAGCUGAAUAAAGACAUCAGCGCCAUUGAGGAGGUAAUGGGAGCCGCGCUGCAGCAGCACAAGUUCCAGUACAUCUUCGAGGGUCUGGGCCAUCUGAUCUCCUGCAUUCUGAUCAACGGAGCUCAGUACUUCAAGCGCAUCAGCGAGUCUGGAAUUAAGAAGAUGUGCAGGAACAUAUUUGUGCUCCAGCAGAACCUCACCAACAUCACCAUGUCACGCGAGGCCGAUCUGGACUUUGCUAGGCAGUACUAUGAGAUGCUGUACAACACAGCAGAUGAGUUGUUGAACCUGGUGGUGGAUCAGGGCGUGCGUUACAGCGAGCUGGAGUACAUCAACGCACUGAGCCUCCUGCACCGCAGCCAGACGGGCGUGGGAGACCUGAGCGUCCAGAACACACGCCUGCAGCGCCUCAAAGAGAUCAUCUGCGAGCAGGCCGCCAUCAAACAGGCCACCAAGGAUAAGAAGAUCACCACCGUCUGAGCACGCGCACACAAAACACAUACCUGUAAAAACCUGUAUAUGUCAGUUCGCUUUUUCACUUAAUGGCCAACACUAGAAGAUGAAAGAAAGCAUUGCACACAUACUGUUCACACACACACACACACACACACACACACACAAUUAGUUUUUAAUGAAAUAAUCCCUCGGAGCAUGUCUCACCAACCGCGGCUUCACCUCGUGGAAUAAGCAGAUGGAAUCUGGACGCGUGACUCGAGGACACUGUCAUCUCAUUUUCCUGUAAUAUAAAAUCACUGCUCUCGGUUAUAUGGCGCCUCACACACACACACACACACACACACACACACACACACACACACACACACACACAGACACACACAGACACACACACACACACACACAUUCCAGGUUGUGUCCACAAUCACACACAGCAGAUUAGAGCACUGGAAUUAUUAUCUGAGGCUUCAUGCGAUGUGUUUUGUUCUCUUAGGAGGAGAAAGGCAUUCUUUUAUUCUGCAUUUCUUUGCGUUUCUUCAAAACCCUGCCGUUUAUUUCAAAAGAAGGAUGAUUGAUUGUAUAUCGUGUCUUUAGAGCUCAGGCUCAGUGAGGUGUGUGUGUGUGUGUGUGUGUGAGAGAGAGAGAGAGAGAGAGAGAGAGUGAGAGAGAGAGAUAGAUAGAUAGAUCUCCAGCCUCCAACUGCAGCUAUUAAACCUUUAAUUCGCUUCUUUUUUUUCACUUAAGUCUUACUCACUUAGUCUGUCUCUCGCUCACUCACUCACACGCUCACUCUCCCGUUCACACACACACGCACACGGAGAGCCACAAAUCAUUCAUUCUUUCUGCCCCAUGGUGUUUUUAGUUCAUUAACUCGGAAGAAAAGUGCUUAACAAGAGAGGGAGAAAGAAAGCCCUGUCGAUACAGAAACACGGGCACCAGGCAACGGCGCUCCCUGAAGCCAGCGCAGCGAUACAUCAUUAUGACUCGGUGUCAGGAAUCAAUAACGGCCUACGGGGGCUGCUGAACGUAUUAACGUGGAGAAAACAUCCUUAAUAUUCCGGCUUCAUUUGAAUGAUCACGUGCAUAUGGAGAGGAAGCGACGGGGAGGUUGCAGAAAUAUCACAAGAGUGAAGCUCUAUGGAGUGAAGCUGUUUUUCUGAGAGCUAGUUAAACCUGAAGCGUUUGACCUUAACCUCGCAGUUUCAGGCUGUUUUUUUUUUUUUUUUUUUUUUUUUAUAAAGUUAAUCACCAGUCCUCAGCAGAAUGCCCAGAAACUCCAAACAAUUUUAUGUUUUUUUAGAAAUCAUGUUUUAUUUGUUCUGUGGGUUUUCACUGUUCUAUGGGUUGAUGUUUUGCACACAGCUGUGUAAGAUAAUUAGUUACUGAUUUCUCUUGCUUUGAAUGUAUUUUGCGUCCACUAUAUUCAUAUUUCAACAUACUGAAAAUUGAAUGAAAUCUCCCUCAUUUUCAUUGCAAUUCUGUACAAUAACAUCAAAAUGGAAAUAAAUAAAAUGAACUCC